AUGACAUUGAGUUUUUCGUCCUUCUCCAUAAAAGACAUACUCACCGGACGUGAUGCCCAGGAGAAGCCCGAUAGGAGUGCAGAUGAGCUCUGCGCACUAAAGCGCAACAUCUGCACAGGGCAUGGCACGAGGGUCCCCGGUCUGUCUAAAGACGCGGAUGAGAACCGCCUCCAUCCAGGGAGACUCCCCGCUGAUCGCAGGCUGUCUGUGGGAAACCUCCGAUCUGUUACUCUCAAAGAAGAAGCCACAGGAGAGGAGACUGAACUCAGAGAAGGCGCUGCCGAUCAGCAGCAACACUGUGUGGAUCUGGAUAAACUUCUGAAAGAAGAGGAGGCGGAGGAGGGAGGCCACCUCAGCGGGGAGACGGUGAGAUGUUCGGCCGAUGAGCAGCAGUGCAUGCCGGGUGCGAAGAAGCGCUCCCGGGCGGCCUUCUCUCACGCACAGGUCUACGAGCUUGAGCGUCGGUUCAACACGCAGCGAUAUCUCUCCGGUCCAGAUCGGUCCGGCCUGGCAGACGCUCUGAAGCUGACUGAGACCCAGGUGAAGAUCUGGUUCCAGAACCGGAGAUAUAAAACCAAACGGCGCCAGAUGGCAGCCGAGCUGGCGGCGUGCAGCUCACCGAAGAAAGUAGCAGUACAAGUGCUGGUGAGGGACAAUCAAAAGUACUAUCAGGCCAAUGGACUACAAAUCCCAGUGACUGUGCCUCUGUACCAGCAGGCCUAUCGGUACCAGCCCUGCCUGCACUACUACUGCCAUCCCUGGAGCCUGGGGAGCAGGUCUUGUGGGGGGAUGUUCUGAGCUGUUCAUUGCUGAGGACACAUUACCUGGACAAGUUAGGGUCUCUGCACUCAACGUGUUGGCAGCUUUCUGUAUGGAUCAGGCUAUUGUUGGACUGACUGGGAUUGUACAUAUUUUUUUUUUCUGGGUUAUUUUUUCUAGAAGCCAAUUUAGCAUUUUGGCCUGUUUUUCAGGGUUUCUAAAAUGCCAAUGU